GCUGCCAAGCUGCCAAUGUCCAUCAUCAUCGUGGGAGUUGGGCAGGCCGAAUUUGACGCCAUGGUGGAGCUGGAUGGCGAUGACAUCAGAAUCUCGUCCCGAGGGAAGAUCGCUGAGCGAGACAUUGUCCAGUUUGUUCCAUUCCGGGAUUACAUCGACCGCACCGGGAACCACGUCCUGAGCAUGGCCCGCUUGGCCAAAGAUGUCCUGGCUGAGAUCCCGGACCAGUUCAUUUCCUACAUGAAGGGACGUGGCAUCAAGCCAAACCCAGCGCCCCCUGCAUACACCCCAACCAGCCCCACCCUUCAGACGCAGAUCUGA